AUGGCUCCCCCCGAUACUAUAGCAAUAGCUAGUACCCUUGCUGGCUCAUGUAUCUCUCAUAUCUCAAAGGUCUCGGAAUCACGGAGGAAGCACAAAGACAACUAUCGGAUAGCUCUCCACCGAGAAUUUGGGCGUUUUAGGCUUUGGCUUCACGGUUUCCGUGAGCCUGUCACUGGGCAAACGAUUGAUCAAAGGUCUCCCAAUAAUGCACUAGACGAAGUACUAGAGGAGGCAACAUACCUGAAAGAGCCCACGAUAUUACUCCUCUCGACCUUUACUAGCUGUUUACUAUCGGACCAUCUGAAAAAGGUUGGCGAUGACCUGACCCGCACAUCACUCAAUGUUUCCCUUCACCAAACCAUGAAAAUUUAUCCCCACAUGGAAAAUACCUUGGAACGUCAAUGGAAUACACGGGAGUCAGUUAUCACAGACAUCUCUGAUACUAUCGACCUGUUAUUCGAUUUGGUCCCUCCGUUGGACGAUGUGCUUGAGAACAUCCGAUACCCGCUGGUCCCUUCAAACGGCACUACAGAACUGCAAGGAGAGGUUCUGGUGACCUCUGGCGAAGUGAUGGAAGAGGACCUGCCAGAAUGGACAAUACCUCUAGCAGACGCGUACUGUAAAAUCUACCGGAAAUAUAUCGAGGACAAGUUCCCAAAUGCCAGUCCCGAGCUCGAUAUAGAUAGGUUUGCAAAAGGGAAUGCAAAGUGUCAUGAUGGAUUACUUGCUGAGCCUGAAACGCCCAUGCCCAGCGAGUCGGAGAUCCAUAUUGUGGCACCGGCCUCGAGGGAGGGUCCGGAUGAAUCUCUCCAGAUCGGCCAGCCUGCGGAAGUUCAGGUAGCUGCAACAUUUCACGAUUCGGGCCUCGGGAGCUCGGCACCUACACAAUCUAUAAUUAGCCCUUCUAUGGGAGAGAGCGCUGGGGGAAAGAUGCCCACAGUAAUAAUACUCCAGGACUCUAGUCUUGAGGGCUCGGUUCCUCCGCUACUCAAUACGGCUUCUGCUCAAAAGGACCUUAAGGGCGAUACUUUUCUUGCUCCGCCACCUUCGAUAUCAGGCCUUUCACAAUCCACCCUUUGUUCCCAAAGUUCGACUCCAGAUAAGAGACCUUCCCUGCCCACUAUUCCUGAGCACCCCCCCUAUUACUGUAAACUGUGUCGGAGUAAUCUGAAACAAAUGUCAAAGAGGUUCCGUGGCCACCAAUGGAGGAAGCAUAUCUUUUCCGAUCUGGAGGCAUAUAUGUGCAUCCGUGCGAACUGUUCCCAGAGAGACGUUUUCUUUAAAUCGAAAAGGGAAUGGGUUGCACACGAUAUGACGUGUAAUCAAGACCUACCGCAAGAAUCUGAGCGUACUCAACCGCCUGCAGCUGUACAGUGUCCGUUUUGCGUCAAAGAAUUCGGAGCCAACAAGGCAGGAUUCUAUAAUCAUGUGGCACAUCACAUGGAAGACAUCAGGUUGUUUGCCCUACCGCCGUCUUACAGAGAUUUGAUGGAUGAUUUCCAAAAUAGCUCAAACACCGGAGCCUCGUCAAGUGGCAUCCAUGUUGAUAGGGACGGACUUCCCACGAUCGCAGAAAUUGGGGAUAGUCAACCAUAUGAUCAAUCAAACUUUGAACGAUAUCUAAAAGCUAAUGCGAAAGCUGACAAAUCCUUCGUUGGUGAUUGGGUUCUCGGUGGAAGUCCAUCACACGCCGAAGGGCAAACGGUCUUAGCAAGUGGUGAAAUCCAGAGGCCGAUUGAUGAUUCAUUGCGCGUGACCGAAUUGAUAUAUACCUCGGUUGAGAAUGACCGACGGCUAAAAGUCUUGGGCUGGCUAUCGACGGUUAAAUACGAGAGUCAUCAUAUUCUUUCCCAGUGGCUCCGUCAAAAAGGCACCGGGACCUGGCUAUUCGGGGAUGAUACCUUUGUGAAAUGGGAAGAUUCAGAAGCAAAUUCAAUUCUGUGGAUACGUGGAAUUCCUGGCUCUGGAAAAACGAUCUUAGCAUCUUCCAUUAUCGAUAAAUUUAAGCUCCUAUCGGCUAGUGAUGAUGGUCAUGCGGUGGCAUACUUCUACUGCAGUUACAAGGAGCCUGACAGAAGUGACGCUGCGUCAAUCCUUCGCACGCUUAUCAAGCAAUUUUGUAUCAACAAAGAAGAUUGCAAAGUUCCUACACUCGUUGAUCAGCUCUACCAAAUGAAAGAGAACAGGGGUGACGCAAAUCAUCCUCUUAAUCCUGAAGAGAGCACGGAACUGAUCAUCGCUCUUUCCGAAAAGUACCAGUCGACAACAAUAAUUAUAGACGCACUAGAUGAAUGCUAUGUAGGAACUCGCAAGUCGCUAUUAUCCUCCUUACACAAGAUUGUUCAGAAAGCUACUAGAGUGAAGAUCGUGGUGACUAGUAGAUACGACGUUGAUAUCAUCGACUCGUUCUCUACUAGUAGCGGCCCGUAUUAUUACAUCCAUUCUGGGGACAACUCCGGCGAUAUCAAUCUUUAUAUUGAUGCCGAGCUCGAUCGACGCUGUCAUCCGAGUAAUGUACAUUGCGACUAUGACCUCCUACUUGAGGGAAAGAUUGACCCGGAGCUUAAAGCCCUGAUACGAUCGCGUCUUCAGGCUGAAUCAAAUGGAAUGUUUCUGUGGGUCAACUUGCAGAUCAUAGCACUUUGCGCUGCGCGCACCGUCAGAGGUGUAAAAGAGGUGCUCGAUGGUAUGCCGCGAGCCUUGAGCGAAACGUACUCGCAGAUACUGGGGAGGAUUCAAUUGCAAGAUCCUAACUCUCGUAGAGUCGCUAUGAUUAUCCUGAAGUGGCUACUAUGCGCUCAAAAAGUUUGUACAACGGGAUGUGUUAUCCAGGCUCUCGCGAUAGAUCCUGGGGUACCCGAUUUGAACAAUGAAGGACUAAGCCGGGAGAUACCUGAUAUCCUAGGUAUCUGUAAGGGCCUUGUGGUUCAUGACGAGGGACUCGGAAUAUUCCGGUUCGCGCACCCUUCCGUUCAGGAGUUUCUGGUACAAGAGCCUGCAUUCGAGCGGGAGAGCAGUAAUACAUACGUCGCCGAGGUUUGUGUUACAGCGCUACUAUAUCACCACGGGGAUGGAAGCUCGAUCCCUGAAUUAUAUUCUUACGCCAUGGAGUACUGGGGGGAUCAUGUCCGCCUUUCAGGUGUUACAACACGGGCUUUGGCGACCCUUUGUAUGGACUUUUUUAAGUCUUCCGUGGCUUAUAAUCAGUGGGGCACAAAAAUAACCAAAAAAACCGACAUUCUCAGGCCAGGAUUUAGAGAAUCUACUCCAGUAGUAGGGCCGCUAUUGGUAGUCUCCUAUUAUGGGUUACCAGAUCUAUGCAGACUUAUAACCGAGGACUCACAUGAUCAACUACAUUCACGGAAUGAGGCUGGCAAAACCCCAUUAUCCGCAGCGGCAGAUAAGGGCCAUGACCGGGUAGUCCUUGUACUGCUAGAGUGUGGGAGCAAUGUUUCCUCUAAGGACAACGCCGGCAAGACCCCAUUAUCCACAGCGGCAGAGAGCGGCCAUGACAAAGUAGUGCAGCUGCUGCUGGAGAGGAAGGGCGUGGAUGCGGAUUCCAAGAGUAAUGGUGAUCGGACCCCACUAUCCUGGGCAGCGGAGAACGGCCAUGACAAGGUAGUGAAGCUACUGCUGGAGAGGGAGGAUGUGGAUGCGGAUUCCAAGAGUAAUAGUGAUCGGACCCCACUAUCCUGGGCAGCGGAGAACGGCCAUGACAAGGUAGUGAAGCUACUGCUGGAGAGGGAGGAUGUGGAUGCGGAUUCCAAGAGUAAUGGUGAUCGGACCCCACUAUCCUGGGCAGCGAAGAAGGGCCAUGACAAGGUAGUGAAGCUACUGCUGGAGAGGGAGGAUGUGGAUGUGAACUCGAAGGAUAGUACGCAUGGGCUGACCCCACUAUCCUGGGCAGCGAUGAACGGCCAUGACAAGGUAGUGAAGCUACUGCUGGAGAGAGAGGAUGUGGAUGUGAACUCAAAGGAUAGUACGCAUGGGCAGACUCCACUAUCCUGGGCAGCGAAGAAGGGCCAUGACAAGGUAGUGAAGCUACUGCUGGAGAGGGAGGAUGUGGAUGCGGAUUCCAAGAGUAAUAGUGAUCGGACCCCACUAUCCUGGGCAGCGAUGAACGGCCAUGAUAAGGUAGUGCAGCUACUGCUGGAGAGGGAGGAUGUGGAUGUGAACUCGAAGGAUAAUACGCAGGGGCUGACCCCACUAUCCUGGGCAGCGAUGAACGGCCAUGACAAGGUAGUGAAGCUACUGCUGGAGAGGAAGGAUGUGGAUGUGAGCUCGAAGGAUAGUCCGCAUGGGCAGACCCCACUAUCCUGGGCAGCGAUGAACGGCCAUGACAAGGUAGUGAAGCUACUGCUGGAGAGGAAGGAUGUGGAUGUGAACUCGAAGGAUAAUACGCAGGGGCUGACCCCACUAUCCUGGGCAGCGAUGAACGGCCAUGACAAGGUAGUGAAGCUACUGCUGGAGAGGAAGGAUGUGGAUGUGAGCUCGAAGGAUAGUCCGCAUGGGCAGACCCCACUAUCCUGGGCAGCGAUGAACGGCCAUGACAAGGUAGUGAAGCUACUGCUGGAGAGGAAGGAUGUGGAUGUGAACUCGAAGGAUAAUACGCAGGGGCUGACCCCACUAUCCUGGGCAGCGAUGAACGGCCAUGACAAGGUAGUGAAGCUACUGCUGGAGAGGAAGGAUGUGGAUGUGAGCUCGAAGGAUAGUCCGCAUGGGCAGACCCCACUAUCCUGGGCAGCGAUGAACGGCCAUGACAAGGUAGUGAAGCUACUGCUGGAGAGGAAGGAUGUGGAUGUGAACUCGAAGGAUAGUCCGCAUGGGCAGACCCCACUAUCCUGGGCAGCGGAGAACGGCCGUGACAAAGUAGUGCAGCUACUGCUGGAGGGGAAGGGCGUGGAUGCGGAUUCCAAGAGUAAGGAUGAUCGGACCCCACUAUCCUGGGCAGCGGCGAACGGCCAUGACAAGGUAGUGAAGCUGCUGCUGGAGAGGGAGGAUGUGGAUGUGAACUCGAAGGAUGAAAACGGCAAGAUCGCAUUAGACCUGGCGGCGGAGCGUGGUCACACAAAAGUGAUGGAGCUACUAAGGGUCAAAUCAGAACAUACUGAUGAUGAUAAUUAG